AUGAUCAAGAUCAAACAGAGUGAUAGUGAACUAUCGACCGCAAAACUCAGCCCUGACAUUCCCAUUCUUCAAGAAGAGGGCUACAGAAGGGACAGUAUCCAGCUCUCUGAGUUCCUGGGUACCAAGAUUGCCUCCUCUCGAAACCCAACACGCGAGGGCACCAAAGGUCUUUACCUACGCAUCCGAAACACCGAAACCGUGGUUACUUUGACCUGCCGACAUGUCAUUUUGGGACCAGAGGAAGAGAACAUCGAUGUUUGUCACGACGCUCAUAACAGUCGAGACAUCAUCCAGCCUGGGAACAAGACGUACCAAGACACGACAUAUUUCCUCCGUAACCAAAUCUGUCAGACCCAGUCAGCGAUCAAUCUUGGCGAGUCCUCCAUACCAGUCCCCGAACGACGGAUCGAAUAUCUUCGUGGCUCCAAGGCCAGAAAGAAAGUAGCCUGCAGCGACUUGAACCUUUCGAGUCAAUGGAAUCACGAACUCUCGGACACGUCCUACUUUCACCAAAGUUCGGGUUAA